UUUGUACUUGAUUGUCACAAUGACCAACAAAUUUAUAAAAGUGAUCUUUCUAUACAAAUCUCUAACGAUCCUGCACUAUGGAAAUCAAUAUCAGACACUGAUCGAACGAAUAUAAUUCUGAUGGGUCCUUCUUCAAAUCCUAGCAAUUUUCCAAGAGAUCAAAAAGAACGCAAAUUCCCUACUUAUAUCUUUUUAGAGGAACAAAGAAACGGAGAAAAAGUUAGAAGAGAUUGGCUCGUUUGGAGUAAGGCUGUGGCAUCACUCUUUUGUUUCCCUUGCUCCCUUUUUGGAUCACCUAACUUAACCAGACCCGGUGUUCAAUCCAGUUUGUUGUCUUGGAAUGGAGGUAUACAUGGAAAAUGGAGAAAACUUUCAGAUCGCGUUAAAAGUCAUCAACAAAGCGAUUUUCACCGUAACUGUUAUCUCCAAUGGAAAACAGCUACGAUUCACUUGAAAAGUCAAAAGUCCAUUGAGCAUCAGUUAGAAAAACAAAUUGGAGAUGAAACAAAGCGAUGGAAAGUAAUUUUACAAUGCAUUCUUGACGUCACAAUUUUUCUAGCUUCAAGAAACUUAGCUUUUAGGGGAUCCAAUCAAAAGUUGUUCAAAAAUGGGAGUGGAAACUUCUUUGGAGCGCUCGAAUUAAUUGCUCGCCACAACAAAACAUUACAAGAUCAUAUGCAUCUUAGUGCUAAGCACCAAGAUGAAGAAAAACGCAUGCAAGCUCAUUAUUUAUCCUGGAAAUCACAAAAUGAAUUUAUCAAGGAAUGCGGCAAAUUAGUGGUUUGA